AUGAGAAGUGCCUAUCGCAUUCCUAGGGAAGAAAAGGUACAACUUUAUGUCACUCAUGCAUCGACUUCUAAAGAUCUUGUUGCCGAUUCGCUACGUCAGUUCCACGUGAGUCUCGGCUUUAAAAAAACCAUUAUUAACCAAAAAAAAUCAUCUUAAGAUCAACCCCUUGGAGGCGAAGAGUAACUUAACGCAUACUACUUGGCUUGCUGGAGGACGUCCAAAUCCAGAACAAGUGCAUGGUUUGCUCUCAUUUCGGCAUAUCAGUUCUGUGAAUGCGUUGAUAUAUCAUGUUCAAAGGCCGCCACGCAUAUGCGCCGGUAUUAAUUUCUCUUCUUCAAUUUGAAACUCAUCUAAGUGUUAAGAUCUGAGGUUAGAACUCAUGUAUGGGAUAUCUUACGUCAAUGAAAUACGACAUAUAAUGAAGUAUUGGAGCGAUUUUUGCGAUUUGUCUGGUGUCACGUAUGAAGAUCAUGCCUUGCACGUUUGUAUCGAAAUUAUUACUGAGGACCCGCUAUACCAAGAGAUGAAAAAGGUUAAUUGCUUGAAUGAUUGCGGUUUCAAGUAAACCUUCUCUUUUACAGUCUUUAUCAAGUUCUCUUCCCGAAGUAAUCGUGAAACAAGCUGAGGACGUGAGUAACGGUCGAUUGAAAUGGAGCGUGAAUGGUUAUGGGAGCAAGGAGACCUGCACGGGCCAGGUCAUGGUCAUCGUCGAGUUCACCAAGGACUACAUUUACGUCGGCCUUCGCAUCCACAAGUUAGUUGAUUUUGCAAAUGAGAACACUCUUUCUUGAGUCCGCCAGCCAUUGCUUGUAGAACCAGAAAAAAAAAAACUUUUUGCAUCUUAAAUGUACAAGUAAACAUUUUGAGUUAACUAGAGUUUCAACAACGAGCAUAACUGUAGCCAGUGUUAAGAAGUCUUCGAAUUCGCUCAUAGAAUAUACUCGGGUCUCGGUCAUGCAAACCGGACGCACCAUGAACGAGUCUGAGAAUUUCUGGUGAUCACUUCACCCGAACGCACCUAAUUUGUGUUUUGCGUUAGCGAGGUCCGAGUCAGCAUUUGGAUGAGGCUGAAAUUUGGAGGUAUGAAAUUAAAGCCAGCGAAUUUUAAAACGCGACUUUUUUUUUUCGUAUCACCGAAAUUUAGGUGUUUCAUUAGUGAUAGGUAAAAAAGUGAGAAUUGUAUGGUCCCCGCUCGUAAAGCACAAGUAAAGCAAGUUCAAUUUUCUAUGGCUCGUCUGGCUUUCCCUUUGAUUUCAUGGGAAUAAAUCAAGGAAAACUUUUUCAUUAAGAUGGGAAAACUUCCGCCCUUACUUGGAACACACGAUUCGAAAGGGCAACCUCAUAUUUGAAGUUGUGAGGCGCGCUAGACUCGAAAAAGGUUGGUUGUUAAAUCGUGUUCAGAAUAAUUUAGCUAAAUAGAGAAUAACGUCUGAGAGUGGAAAGUAUAACAAAAUUUUGGAGAGUCAGGGAUAACUUUGAAUUUUGCGCAAAUACUUUGAACACGGCAUUAUUUUUAAAAAAUUAUUUCUUGGUUUUUUUUUUUUAGGAAAAAGCUACAUUGUCUUGGAUCUAACGGCUGGGUCGGGAGAAAUUCUUAUUGAAGUUCUACGAGACUACAAUGUAAUUAUAUUCUAGCUCUUCAAGCCUUUUUUUUUCUUCAUUUUAGUGUUUCUGCAUCGGAAUGACUCAGCAGGUCAAUAGCGCCACGACGGCCAUGAUCAACUACAACAAAUUCCAAACGACCAACGAGUCCAAGGCCGACCACUAUGAAAUUUUUUGCAGCAAACUGAACAGAAGUCGAAUUUUCAGCUCUUUACAGCUAAAACGAAUAUUUUUAAAGAGUUUUUCAACUAUUACGUUGUUGAUCGGAUAUUCGCAGACUACAAUUUGCCUGAGAACGCUUCGGCAGAACAACAGGAGCAGUACUAUGACACUGUUUUCAGCAUUAUAAGCAAGUAAGGGAAUAUGCGUCACAGGUCAGAUGUAGAUGUAUCUUUUCAAGUUGCCGGCCUUCUGUUCUCUCUGUUCUUGUCACGCCUCCCUUAACAUCGCACUGUCAUUUUGUCAAAACUGCUCUCGAUUCGGGCAAAUACUCUUUUGAGGUUCGAGAAUGUUUUCUGAUGUCAUUCUAAUCAAUAAAUGUUUCAGAUCAUCCAAGUCGAUGCCGUCGUCGAAGUCAACUCUUCCUACGUUAUUUAUGUUCUGCAGACGACAGCUCCCCAUUUUUAA